AUGAAGCCCUCCACAGAAUUAAACAGCGCCAUCAUCAUCGACGUUGAUUCCUCCAGCAGAAGCCCAUCAAUCCUCGAAAACCACCCAAAUCAACAAAAACUCAAACACCUCAACGUUCCCUUGCUCCUCCAACAACCAUCUUAUGCCACACACGAAUUUGGAAACAUUCACACAAGCCUUCAAUGCUGUGCUCUCGACCACUCUUCUCUCCUCACAAAACUCUUUUCCUACUUCGCUUUCAUAUUCCUCACCUUUACAGUCCCUCUCUUCACUUCUCUCUUCGUACAUAUCCCUGCUUCCCAACUCGACCCCUUUAGCUUCAAUAAGCUCCUCCAACUACCACAAUCAGCCCUCGCGAUUGUCGCCUUCUUCACCCUCUCUCCGUUCUUCCCAAGUUAUGGCCUCAGGCAGCUUCUGUUCCCAGACGUAUUACAAGAUGACUCCUUUUAUGUUCGACGCGGGGUGGAAAUUUCUGUCCCAUGUGGGACCCUCCUCAACUGGGUUGUGUUUGUUUUAGUGUUGCUUUCCUGGGUCUACAGAACUGGGUUGUUCUUGUUGGCGUGUGUGCUCUUUAGGCUUACCUGCGAGCUUCAGAUACUGAGGUUUGAAGGACUUCAUAAGCUCUUUGAAGGGUGUGAAUCUGAUGCAAACACCAUAUUCAGAGAACAUGUCAGAAUCAAGAGGCAAUUGUGGAUAACAAGCCAUAGGUACAGGUUCUUUAUAAUUAGUUGUUUGGUGACCAUCACGGUUGGUCAAUUGACUUCUCUCUUGCUGGUUUUGGAAUCCAAAUCUGACACUACCUUCUUCAAUUCUGGUGACCUUGUGAUUUGUUCUGCUGUGCAGUUGUGUGGAUUUGCCUUGUGCCUUAUGGGUGCUGCCAGAAUCACACACAGGGCUCAAGGUAUAGUGUCAAUUGCCGCAAAGUGGCACAUGGUGGCGACCAAUGCAUCUACUGAAUCAGAGCAAUGGAAAGGCCAAAUGGCAGAGGGAUUACACAGUCCUACUGCCAGUGAUUCUGAUUCAUCAGAAAUACAGAUUUCAGUAACCCCAUCACCUUCUUUUUUCCAUAACAGACAAGCUUUAGUGACAUAUUUGGAGCAUAACUAUGGAGGGAUAACACUAUUUGGAUUUGUACUUGAUCGAGGAUUAAUUCACACUCUCUUCGCGUUUGAGUUCUCUAUGGUGCUUUGGAUUCUGAAAAUCAUGGUUUUCUGGGUUUUUGGCUAUGGUUCACUGGUGUGGAACCCAGGGUUCGAUUACGAUGAGAAGAUUAUUGGUUUCAUUAAGGAUUACAGACGCGUGUUUGAUUUAGCGUGCAUUGAUCACAGGGGAACACCAGAAAACCCAGCAAGAACUUGCACAUUGGAGGAGAAGGAAGGGAGUAUUUGCUGGGGAGCUGCUUAUUGUGUUCGAGGAGGUCCUGAAAAGGAAAAACUGGCUAUGCAGUAUUUGGAGCGACGUGAAUGUGAAUAUGACCGAAAAACUCUUGUAACCUUCUUCAAGGAAGGAGAUUCACAGCACCCUGCUUUAACUGACGUAAUUGUAUUCACAUCAACUCCAGACAAAGUGAACAACAAAUACUACCUGGGGCCUGCCCCAUUGGAAGACAUGGCGAGGCAAAUAGCAACUGCCUAUGGUCCUUGUGGAAACAACAGGGACUAUCUUUUCCUUCUAGAAAAGGCCAUGUAUGAUAUUGGCCAUGAGGAUGACUUGGUGAUAGAACUUGCAAAUGAGGUGAGGAAAGUACUUGGAAUAGGAAAUGUACUACCAAAUGUUGUAGCAGCCCAACUUCCACACCCUCCUCAUGUGUCCAUUCCUACACGUCAACUGCAGCCACUGCCAGAACCUAUUGCUUUGGAUGGUUCAGUUUUGAGGGGCUGGAGAUGA